GUGUGGUAAGUGACAAGACUGUGCAGACCACUUGUGUUACAAAAUCAUUUACAUGACUUCGCUAGAUAUUUUGUUCUGACAGGCAUUAAAAAAACAAAUGUGUUCCAAUGUGACUUUUAGAUCUAAAUUAAACCCUCGGGUUAUGUUGCAGUAAAUAAGGUUAAUGAGUACACAAAAAAAAAAAAACCUGGCGCAGUUUGUCAAGUUCACUGCGUCUUUUCCGUAGUUAUGAAACUUUCAAGCGCACGUUUUGUAACAGAGACCAUUUGACCAAUCACGAGACCAGCCUGCUGGUCACAUGACCAUCGGUUUUUUUUUUUUUACGUAAUGAAGGAGUAUCUUGUGGGGAAAAUCCUUUCACUGUAGUGCCAGUCAUGUAUAAGCACGCCGGCAGAAGAAAAGAAAAAGAUAAAUGCAAAUAGCAUUCCAUAAACAUUUCAAUGUCGCUAAAACCGCAGUCGGAGGAGAGAAGCGCCUUCUUCAUCGGCGCGGACAAUAAUGUUUCUGAAGAAGAGGAGGAGGAAGAGGGCCACCGUGAACUUCUCCUUCAGAAAGGUAACGCUUUAGCGUCRGAAGACUGUCUGAAGGAAGCCAUAAACUGGUUUUCCGCGGCUGUUCGCUUCGGUCCUGUGCGUCCGGAGCAGCUGAGCACUUUGGUUGAAUGCGUCCUCCGUAACUUCAAGAGGAAAGCGGCGGGGCCGGAUGCCUGCACGGGCCGGGGGAACSGGGACGCCGCAGGCUUCGACUGCCCCGGCUGCCGCUGCUUCUUGGGCCGACCCGUCACCGUAGGCUGCGGACACUCGUACUGCAAAAGGUGUUUACGUCGACGGUUCGUCACCAAAUGUCGGCUGUGCGGCGAAGCGGUUACCGGGAGGGAGAAAGCCAACGUGACUCUGUGCGGACUUUUAGAGAAACUGUUUCCCGACGAGCUGGAAAAGUCGAAAGCGUCACGCGAAGUGGACUCGUUGUGCAAAAGAAAACGCUACAAAGAAGCGGUGUCACUUGCGAGCGACGUUCUCCGGUCAGAUUCACAUUUGACUGGGGCUCGAUUGGCUCGAGCUGAAGCAUACACAGCUCUGAAACAGUACAGACUUGCUUUGGAGGACAUCGAAUUUUGUUCAAAGUCCAGCUGUUCUGCUGAAACUCUAUUCAGGAAAGCGACAGUUCUGCAUGAAAUGGGUCGGGUGGACGAGUCCCUUCAAGUCUUCCUCCACUGUUUGACUGUUGAUGAAGACUUCCCUGGUGCUAAAAGACAAAUGGAAAGGAUCUUGUGCGACCUGCUCUCUCCGGUUGAUGAGAACGUUAAAGUUGGUCUGAGGGAGACCACGCAGAACCUGUUGCCGCACUUACGAGCUAAAACUCUUGUGGAAGACGAUGCAGUUCAGCCAGAGAGCCCAGUUCAGAAACAACACCAAGUUUGUGCCUCUUCUGCACACGAUGCAGACAUCCAGGAGAAAUGGUGUGAAAGCUCAGAGCGCCCCGGUCUAAGUCGAGCCCAGUCGCUACGAGUGCACUGCUCUAGCAGCAGUGAAGAGGGGCUAAAGCGAGUUUUCUCGGCUCCUCAACUGGGCGACCAGGACAAGGGAAGUCUGCUGAAGAGGAAGCUGUCCGUGUCAGACAUGGAAGCUUGCGUUGUGGACAGUGGAAGUAGCAAACAUAAAAAACAAGGUGUGGCAAAAGGCUCCAAGCACCAAACCACCAAAGCAAAAUCCUGCAGACAUGUUCCUGAGGAUCUGUUGGACCCCAGUGACCUGGAGUGUUCCCUGUGCAUGAGAUUGUUUUAUGAGCCUGUGACUACACCCUGUGGCCACACUUUCUGUAAAAACUGCUUGGAGCGUUGCUUGGACCACACUCCCCAGUGUCCCCUCUGCAAAGAGAGCCUGAAAGAGUAUCUGGCCUGCAGGAAGUACAUGGUGACCACCGUCUUGGACACGCUGAUCAAACAGCACUUGAGUCGCGAAUAUGAAGAGAGGACUAAAACUCAUCUGGAGGAGAACAGGGAGCUUUCUGACCUGACAAAGAAUGUGCCUAUUUUUGUGUGUACCAUGGCUUACCCCACUGUGCCUUGUCCCCUGCAUGUCUUUGAGCCACGCUAUCGUCUCAUGAUUCGUCGCUGCAUGGACACAGGCACGCAUCAGUUUGGGAUGUGUAUUCAUGAUUCUCAGAAAGGGUUUGCAGAUUAUGGCUGCAUGCUGAUCAUCAGGAGCGUACAUUUCCUCCCCGAUGGACGAUCUGUGGUGGAUACCGUCGGAGGAAAACGCUUUCGGGUCUUGUCCAAAGGAAUGAAGGAUGGUUACAAUACUGCAGAUAUUGAGCACUUGGAGGACAGCAGAGUGGAAGACAGAGAAGCACUAGACAAGCUACAAGAACUGCACGAUGCAGUGUAUGAACAGGCCCAAGUCUGGUUCCAAAACCUGAAGAUCCAUUUCCACAACCAGAUUCUGCAGCACUUCGGACCAAUGCCAGAGCGUGAAGCUGACAUUCAGGCGACUCCAAACGGUCCAGCUUGCUGCUGGUGGCUGCUGGCUGUUCUGCCCAUCGACCCUCGGUACCAGCUCUCCGUUCUCUCCAUGACCAGCCUCAAAGACCGCCUGGUGAAYAUUCAGCAGAUUCUCACAUAUCUGCAGAACAUCCCCAAUAACUAGAGCUUCCCAUCUCCACAAACAUCCUCCUGGGACUUUGAAAUGACGUUUAGGAAAAGGCUAAUCAGCACCACACCAACUUCUGUCUGCUACCAACUGAAAGCAAUAUUUUUUGUCUGAAAUYAACACAAGAACAACAAAAUUGGAGAUUGAGAGCUAUGGCCAAACCACCUCAGGGACACCAUCAGUGACACUUUUUCUUACAAAAAAUAUUUAAGCAUUUGCAUUUUCUCGUUCCUAAUAUAAAUAAUUCUUCAUAAAUAAUUCUGAGAAUGGAAAAAAAGAACAGUUCUUUGGAUUGUCAGUUUUUGCUCAUGUUUGGGUUGUUUAUUUCAGGCUUGGUUAAAGGAGCUCAUCUCCUUGGACCAUAAAACUUGUGUGUGGAACAAAUUCCUAAAUGCUGAAAGACCAAAACAAAACGGUGAUUGGAAAACACACUUUUAUGCUGCACUUUAAAAGUGAUUCGAGGAUGCUUCAGGCUCUCACCCAGUCUGGUUUAGAGGAAUCAUUGCGGGGGGAAAAAAACCUAAGUGCAACUAAAGGUUCACAUAUGAUGAACGUAUUACUCCUAUGAAGUUUUCGCACAACUUCCAUCGCUGCCUCUGCAGAURGACUUAAGAACUUACAUGUUUACAGAAUCACAUCGUCUGAUUUUCUUCCCUCCUUUUGUUUGUUUACCUUCACUUAUCUUCCAGGUUCUUCAGAGUGUGAUUUGGAGCUUUCAUUUGUUUUCACAUUGUUGUUUAUUCAAACUCAUCUUCCUGUGACCACCUCAGAGUUGGUCCUCCUCUCUUUUGCUUUUAGUAAUCUUUAAACACAAAACCCUAUCUUCCAUUAAGUAAGAUUUUAUCUCCACAGACCCACAAAUUUAGUUGAAAUAAGAUGAUUUCAGUCAAAGUGUUCAUCUGUUGACUCUCCUUAUGUUAAAUCUUUUUCCAUAAAUUAAAAAAAAUUAUAAAUGAUUAUUUAUCCUUAUACUUUCAGGAAUACGCUUUUCCCCCAGUAUUAUGAAAGUCAAAAGAAAAAAAUCAGUAUCAUCAAAUGCUGCUGUCUGCUUAGAGGAGAAAGGAGGAUGCCUGCAGUCUCAUCUAAGYGGGGAGGAGCUACGUUCGCCUUACAUCAUUCUUCAUUGUGAUUUUGAAAACAUAAUGCAUUGUCUUGGUUAGAAUUCCCCCUUUUGCCAUAGCAUGCACGUUUUAUUUUAUAUAUUUAUCAGUUGAGCUACUAAGAAUUAAAAUUUAUUUAAAAUUUUCAGAAAAAAGCAUAAAAACAAAUGUUUAUGGUGUUAAAUAGAAAUCAUUUGUACAAUGGAGUUUUGGACAAAUUUUGCUUUUUUUUUUGCUAAAAUGUUUUAAGUUAUGGAUUUGCAAUAAUAAAUGCACUUUUUUCAAUA